CGAUUUCAUCCUGAUGACGCUAACAUCGCAGAGGUAGCUGCGUUCGGUUAUCUUCGUUCGAAGUCGGCAACGUUCGCGAUCGUCGAGCGUUGGUACGCGCAUGAGCUUCGAAUCGAACAUAUUCCUCUUGUCUUUUCAGUAUGGCGGAAUUCGACGAGUGUGUUAUGUGCUAUGUUACGUAACUACGUAAGAGAAUAAAAUUGGAAGAAAAGAGCAAAAAGAGAGAAAGGAAAGAAGACAGGAAAUAGUGUAUUUGAGAAAGAAGGAGAAUAAAGUUAAAAUCGUGGAAGAAGAAAGAGAAGAUAAACGGGACAACAACACGCGGGGAAAUUCUUUUUUAUUUUUAGGCAUCGUCAACUCGAGAACAGUGCCUGUCGCGGACCAAGAGAUAUGCCGAAGAUUGGAGACGUACAUCGCUAGUAGUACCGGUGAGGAUGCCAUUGCAAUUGAAGUUGAAGAAUCGAUAGCGAAUAGUGAAUGUCAUAACGUUGACGCGACCAUGUCGACGAUAAAAACGAGUAAUACGACAGGAACGAAUCAUAUCCUACCAGCUCUUAGUCGUUUCAAGUAUGAGUAUUUCGUCGCCGGUAUAUCCGGUGGCGUUGUUUCGACACUCACCCUUCAUCCAUUGGAUCUAAUCAAAAUUAGAUUGGCAGUUAACGAUGGACGUAGCUCAAUACCACAAUACACUGGUAUAGUAUCUGCCUUCAAGCAGAUUAUGAAAAGUGAAGGAAUACGUGGAUUCUACAGAGGAGUGACACCGAACGUCUUGGGAUCAGGCUGCUCUUGGGGAUUAUAUUUCUUUUUUUACAAUAACAUAAAGACAUGGAUUCAAGGAGGAAAUGCGAAGAAACCAUUAGGUCCAUCAAUGCAUAUGCUAGCUGCUGCAGAUGCAGGAAUAUUAACUUUGUUGAUGACUAAUCCAAUAUGGGUAGUGAAAACACGAUUAUGUUUACAAUAUGUUGAAGAUAAAAAUCUUGCAGAAUCAAAGAGAUACACAGGAGUGACAGAUGCCCUGUUAAAGAUCUAUAGAACCGAAGGAAUUAGGGGUUUAUAUAAGGGUUUAGUUCCUGGAAUGUUUGGUGUAUCACAUGGUGCCAUACAAUUUAUGACAUACGAAGAAAUGAAAAAUAAAUAUAAUAUAUACCAAAACGUACCUAUCGACACAAAACUGAACAUGUUCGAAUAUAUCCUUUUUGCUGCCGUUUCUAAGGUAAUUGCAGCUGCUGUAACAUAUCCUUAUCAGGUAUUAAGGGCGCGUUUGCAAGAUCAUCAUCUUGACUACAGAGGAACGUGGCACUGCGUCCAGGUGACAUGGAGGUGUGAAGGUUGGCGUGGAUUUUACAAGGGUCUUAGUGUCAACCUUAUGAGAGUGACCCCAGCAACUGUGAUUACCUUUUUGGUCUACGAGAAUGUUACCCACUUCUUCAAGCGCAACCCACAGUAUGCGAACAUUGGGUCAAGUGGAUAGAACAAUAUCUUCGACAGUAUGUAAUAAAAGUUAGAAUUAGAAGAACGUGGCAUUUAUAUUACGAAUUGUUCUGCGA